AUGAUCAAGAAAAUGUCCCCCUCGGAGAGCGACUUUGACAUUCCGGCCAAGAACUGCUACAGGAUGGUGAUUCUCGGCUCCACGAAAGUGGGCAAAACGGCCAUCGUGUCCCGGUUCCUCAACGGGAGGUUCGACGAGCAGUACACGCCGACGAUAGAGGACUUUCACCGGAAACUGUACAGCAUCAAGGGGGACGUUUACCAGCUUGACAUCCUGGAUACUUCUGGGAACCAUCCGUUCCCGGCCAUGCGGAGGCUCUCCAUCCUGACAGGAGACGUGUUCAUCCUGGUCUUCAGCCUGGACAACAGAGACUCCUUCCACGAGGUCCAGCGUCUCAAGCGUCAAAUCUACGAGACCAAGUCGUGCCUGAAAAACAAAAUGAAGGAGAACCUCGACGUGCCUCUGGUCAUCUGCGGCAACAAAGGCGAUCGCGAGUUCUACCGCGAGGUGCAGCGCGCCGAGAUCGACCAACUGGUGGAGGGCGACGACAACAAGUGCGCCUACUUCGAGAUCUCAGCCAAGCGCAACGAGAACGUGGACCGCAUGUUCCAGACGCUCUUCACCCUGGCCAAGCUGCCCCACGAGAUGAGCCCCGACCUGCACAGGAAGGUGUCGGUGCAAUACUGCGACAUGCUGCACAGAAAGUCCGUCAAGAGCAAGAAAAUGAAGGACGUAGGGGAGGCGUACGGCAUGGUCACGCCGUACGCGAGAAGACCCAGCGUGCACAGCGACCUCAUGUACAUUAAGGAGAAAGCGGUCGGUGGAGGGCAAGCCAAAGAUAAAGAAAGAUGCGUCAUCAGUUAA